ACUCCAUCUGAAGUGUGACGAGAGGAUCAAACAGCUUUUAUCUGAUAUUCCAGAUAUUAUUAUUCACAUGAUGUCACAUUUAAUUACUUUAUUUGAAGAACCUGAAGGCAGCACAGAGACCAACAACACAGUGUUAUAGUACUGCUGAUACUUCUAAUGACGGUACCUGUCUACCCAUCUGACCCCCCCUCCUUACUCACAUGGUUGUCAUGGAGCCCCCCCCCCCCCUUCACAAUGCAUCCAUCAGAGCGUCUCAGUGAAACCUGAGCAGGUGACGUGGUUCAUGGUCACCUGAGUCGGGCGGCUGCUGAAUGUUUGAUGGAGGCCGUCCGAGAUGCUCUCGGCCCGCAGUUAGACAGCAAACACCUGAACAGGUAGAGGACAGAUAGACUUUAAGUAGACUUCAGGUAGACUACAGGUAGAGGACAGGUAGACUUUAAGUAGACUUCAGGUAGACUACAGGUAGAGGACAGGUAGACUUUAAGUAGACUUCAGGUAGACUUCAGAUAGAAGACAGGUAGACUUCAGGUAGAUUUUAGGUAGACUUUAGGUAGAGGACAGGUAGAGGACAAGUAGACUUCAGGUAGACUUUAAGUAGACUUCAGGUAGAUUUCAGAUAGAAGACAGGGAGACUUCAGGUAGAAGACAAGUAGACUUCAGGUGGACUUCAGGUAGACGACUGGUAGAAGACAGGUAGAGGCUCCAUCAGGCUCCAACAGGUAUGUACCUUCACUGGAAUUUAAAUAAAGUUAGCCUGUGACCAGUGUGACCAGUAGAGUGUGUCCUGAUUAACUGUACUCCUGCGACAGGUGAUGCUUUCAGGAUGUCUGACGCAAGGCAGAGAACUUUGUCCACCUCUGGAGAGUCUCUGUAUCAGGUCCUGAGUCUGGAGAAAGGCUGCAGCCAUGACGACAUCAAGAAGUCCUACAGGAAGCUGGCCUUGCGGUUCCAUCCCGAUAAGAACCCAGACAACCCGGAGGCGGCGGAAAAGUUUAAAGAGCUGAACAGCGCCCACACCGUCCUGUCGGACCUCAGCAGGAGGAACAUCUACGACUCGUAUGGGUCUUUGGGGCUCUACGUGGCCCAGCAGUUCGGAGAGGACAACGUUAACACCUAUUUCAUGCUGUCCACCUGGUGGGCCAAGGGUCUGUUCCUGGUCUGUGGGGUCCUGACUGGGUUUUACUGCUGCUGCUGUCUCUGCUGCUGCUGUAACUGUUGCUUUGGGAAACUAAAGCCGCCAUCCACAGGUGAGGGAGCAGGCCCGGACUAUGUCUCUCCAGAAGACCUGGAGGCGGAGAUACGCAACGACCCUGCUGAUGAUGUUGGAACUCCGAUCGUUCAGCAGCCGACGAACGCCGGCGAGAAGACUCAGCUUAUCGGUGACGGCCUCCGCAGGUACGGAGACACCUACACAUGAAACAGAAAACAGGAAGCGCAUCGCUGCGGGUCACCUGUGUGUUCUUUGUGUGCGGGAGUCGGAUCCAUAUCUGGUUUUCAUCUGGUUUUGUUUCGACUCCACAGAUUCUCAAAAUGUUUAAAUCUAAAGUUUAUUCCUCAGAAUUGCAGUGCACCAAGUAUCUAACUCACGCUGUGAUUGGUUGUUUGUAAUGAGAGGCGGAGCUUCUGUUCACACACUAAUGAACUACAAGCUUCUCAUUAUAUUUAAUGUUCACUAACCUACAGUCAUGUUCAUGUGUCGAUGUAAAUAAAGUUUGUUUCCUGAAAAUAAAAGAAACUCCUG